AUGGCAUCACGGCCAACUAAACGGUCUCGUCGGCCCCGCACAGCGGUCCGCAAAUACACAGAUGAUGCUUUUGAAGCUGCAGGGCUAAGCCCUGAAGUCUCCGAGUCUGAGCAAACGGUUCCUGAAAAGCACAAAAGUGGACGUGCCGAGGAUGAAGAUUUUGUGAUGGGGGAGGACAAAGAACGAGAAGUUUCUGAUGAGGAGGACGAAGCCGAUUUUGAUGAAGCAGAGUCUGCUGUAGGGUCAACGCUUGAUAAAAUAGAGCAAGCUGAUCAGAAAAGAUUGGCUCAGGUAGAUUCGAAUAUGACUCACUCGCGGGGCUUGCUUAAACCUGCAAACCAUACCGCAAAACUCACACAAUUGAAAUUAACAUUCGGAACUAGCGUUCAAGACUUGCUUCCGAUCAUCUGGACAAGAGACCACUGGGCAUAUGGGAGAGACGCAACUUUCCCGAGUGCGGAGAGUUUCCAGGCUGCCCAAAAUGGCAUUACGUACGGAAUUGGAGGCUCUUUUUGCUAUGAUAGCGCUAAACUAGCAAUGGAAGCUGGCAAGGGAUGGGAUUGGUACUAUAGCCCUGUUGGUGACAAGCUUCUAAAAAGCCAGCACUUGGAAAUCAUUAACGCAGAGGCAAGGGGAAAAUACCUGCCACGGAACAGAGGAGAGAAACAUACUAUUUUGGUAGGGCCUCCUGGGAAGCAAAAGGAAUUCCGUCUGGGAAACAGCGAAUUCUUUGACUUUGGAGCCGCCUGGGAAGCACCGAAACCCAAAGAGGCGAAGCGAGGGCGUCACAAGAAGGCUGAUAAGCAAUUUCAAGACGCCGAAAAUGAUCCUGCGGAUCACUCGGACACGGCGCCGGAGGUAGAGCGGAUACGUGAAGGUUGGCUCUUGAAUUUGGGAAACAAGGUGCAGUGCGCCGCAUGGGCGCCGAAUUGUACUGGUACUACUCAAUAUCUUGCAGUAGUCGUUCCUCUCUCUGAGUCGCAGAAGACUGCAGAAUGUGAUCUAAAGUACACUGGCGCCCCUGCUUUUACGCCGUCGCCACCAUACCCAGCAGCGAUCCAAAUAUGGUCAUUUGAAGCGCAAGAAGGGGAAUCAUCUCCGCGGCCUCUAAAUAUGGCCCUUAAACCGCGGUUGCGUCUGGUUUUGUGCACUGAAUAUGGAGAUCUGAAGCGGCUUAGUUGGUGCCCGAUGCCACGAAAAGCUCGUCCAUUGAACAUGGAAAACAAGGGGCCGCUUAACUUGGGUCUAUUGGCGGGAAUCUGGGGAGAUGGAACUGUCAAGGUACUGGAUGUGAAUGUUGAAGAAAAUUCGGAAGAGACCCAAUGGCUAAAAGUCCAAUCCCCUAUGUUUCAAGCAAAGCCCCCAUCCACAUUAUGUACUUGUCUCGCAUGGCUUUCUCCAAGUGACCUAGCCGUUGGGUGCGCAAAUGGGUUUAUCGCAGUUUGGAGCCUCCCGGCGUCCUGUGCUCGACCCCAGUCAAGCCCUAUACCGUAUAUUUAUACUCCGAUUUACAAUACUUAUAUUCUGAACAUCCACUCAGCAUACCCGACGUACCCAUAUCUACUUGCUUCCAGCUGCAUUGAUGGUCAAUCGAAGCUGUCUUCCCUUGCGGACCCGCAGGUCGACACUGCCGAAGCGCUUCGAACUCGAAUGGGCACGCCAAAUCUAUCGUAUUCGCCAUUUUUUCAGACCUUCGUAACGACAGACGAAGCUGAUUAUGUUCGUAUGCACCCGGUUCGUCGUUUCUUUGCACCCGUUUUGACCCUACGCUCUACAUCCAACGUAACGUCAGUCGCCCCAUGUAGCCCCUGCCAUCCUACGAUCCUAGUUGGCAGCGCAGGAGGUGUCGCUAUGGCGUCAAAUCCACUCCAGAGACUGCUGAACUCGAAGAAUAAACAUUUCCAACAGACUUGGUUCUCUCACGAGUGGGUGCACAGGAAGAACGACGGGAACGGAGAAAGGAUCGGAGUCAGUAGAUUUUACGAAGGCUUCAAGGCUGAAAUUCCGAACCUGUUGAGAAGUGCUCCACAGGGGAAGAUAUCGAGCAACGUGAUGACUAUAUAUGAAGAAGAAACGGCUGUCACUGUUCUAGCUUUCAAUCCCAACGAAAGUUGCGCUGGAUGGACUUGUGCAGGCCUGGGGUGUGGACUCCUUCGGGUGGAGGAUUUGACCCUCCGCAAGCGUUGUUAA